AACUGGACACAAGUGCGAACCUUCACUCAUCUCCAGUUCCACCAUAUUCAUCUCCAUUUCUAGGUUUUUUCUUAGUUUUUGGUUUGACAAAUUUCAUCUCAGAGGCCCUAAUUCUUUUGCUUUUUUGCAUAGGAGUUUUUUCAUGGUUUUGUCCCUGUAAAGCCUUGCAAUAUUCCAUCUUCAAUAGCGGGGUUUUCUAGGUUUUCUUGGGUUCUAUUGCCUUCUUUUCUCUGCAAAUUUCGUGGAAUUCCUUCUUCAAAACCCUUAUUUGGUGCGGAAAAAUCUUGUAAAAUGUCGGUUCAGGAGUAUCUGGACAAACACAAGCUCUCUCGAAAGAUCGAAGAUGCAGUUAAUGCGGCUGUUAGAGCAAAAUCAUCGGAUCCUGUUCUUUUCAUUUCAAAUCAUAUGAAGAAAGCUGUCCCAUCUGUGAUAACUAAGGUUACAGCUAGGCAGGUACUUGACAGCAGAGGGAUUCCUACUGUGGAAGUAGAUCUGUAUACAAAUAAGGGAAUGUUUCGAGCUGCUGUCCCUAGUGGUGCUUCUCCUGGAAUGUAUGAAGCAGUUGAGUUACGAGAUGGAGACAAGAGCAAGUAUCUGGGGAAGGGUGUUUCAAAAGCUGUUCGUAAUAUCAAUGAGAAGAUAUCCGAAGCCUUGAUUGGCAUGAACCCAACAUCCCAAUCAGAGAUUGAUAGGGCCAUGAUUGACUUAGACAAAACAGAAAAUAAGGGUGAGCUUGGAGCAAAUGCUAUGUUAGCCGCGUCAAUGGCUGCUUGCAAAGCUGGUGCUGCAGAAAAAGAGAUUCCUCUGUACCAACAUAUUGCUGAUCUUUCUGGUAAAACCAAGUUGAUUCUUCCAGUUCCUGCCUUCAGCAUGAUCAGUGGUGGAAAACAUGCGGGGAAUAAUCUGGCAGUCCAAGAGAUAAUGAUUAUUCCUAUUGGUGCCAACACAUUUGAGGAGGCAAUGCAAAUGGGUUCUGAGACAUAUCAACACCUGAAGGCUGUUAUUACAGAAAAAUAUGGUCAAACUGGAUGCAACGUGGGUGAUGAAGGUGGUUUUGCCCCAAACAUCUCCAGUUCCAUUGAGGGUCUGGAUCUCAUCAAGGAGGCAAUUAAUAGGGCAGGGUAUAGCGAUAAAAUUAAGUUGGCAAUGGAUGUUGCUGCUAGUCAAUUUUGCAUAGGAAAGAAGUAUGACUUAGACUUUAAAGCGCCAAACAAGUCUGGUCAGAAUUUUAAGACAGGACAGGAGAUGACCGAGAUGUACACACAAAUCUGUGGAGACUAUCCUAUUGUCUCCAUUGAAGAGCCAUUUGACAAGGAUGAUUGGGAAAACACCAAAGCAUUUUCUGCUCUUGGGUUAUGCCAGGUUGUUGGGGCUGAUUUGUUGAUGAAUAAUCCAAAGCGCAUUGAGAGAGCCAUACAUGAGUCAACCUGCCAUGCCCUUCUUCUCAAGUUGAACCAGAUUGGGACCAUUACUGAGGCCAUCGAGGUGGCGAAGCAAGCGUCUGAUGCAGAGUGGGGAGUGGUCAUCUCUCAUAGAAGUGGGGAGACAGAAGACCCAUUUAUAGCUGAUCUAGCUGUUGGUCUCGCUGCUGGUCGGAUCAAAGCAGGGGCACCAUGUCGUGGAGAACGAGUCGCUAAGUAUAAUCAGUUGGUCCGGAUUGAAGAAGAGCUAGGAGAUAGAGCAGUUUAUGCUGGAGAAAACUGGAGGUGCACGUGAUCCUUUUCAGGUUCUCUCAAAUUUUGCCAGUGGUUUUUUUCAUACAUGGAUUUCAUCAGGUUUUCUCAAAUUUUUGCCAAUGGUUUUUUUUCACAUAUGGCUUGUAGAAUAUCUCCUGCAUGGAGUGUUCUAAUUCCGAGUGUUGGGUGCCAUUUUAUAAUUGUAUCAUCGGACCAUGUAUUGAUAAGUAUCUCGUGAAGAAUGAAAUUUGUUACUUGCAUUGAUUUGGUAGAAAAAAAAAGGGGGUUUGACAACAAAUAUUCUUACGUUA